AUGUUUUGUGAAGUCCGUGACCGGUGGGAGCGCGACCUUUUUCAAGGCAAGGGCGGCGCUUACACCGGCUGCCGCGACUUCGAGCGGCCCAAGUAUGGAGUCCUCAACGUGCACAACGAUUAUCGUGGAGUCGUCCGAGCCAAGCAGUACGGAGACUGCUACAUUGUCUUGAAGGACGUGCGCCUUCGCACAACUUUCUCUCCUGAGGACUCCGCCAACCUGAAGGCCGAGCGAUUGGCCUGUUUGGACUACUACGCUCAUGUCCUUAAUGAGUACACAGACGGCGAGCUGGGAGAGACCCUCAAGGUGGCCACGACGGGCAAGCUGGGCAGUUCGGAAUCCAUUGUGGCCAAGGGCCUCAAGUACAAAGAGGCUCAGUACCACGGAGAGAUCGCCUGGGCGCGCCACGUCGAACGUUUGGUGCUCCCCAAGGGCGAAAAGUACGACAACGCCGAGAUGGUAGCCCACAUCAAGGCGGCCUGUGAUAAAAACGGCUGGGAGUGGUGUUGGGACGUGGACGAAAAAGCGCGAAGAGAGAAGCUGGAGGCGGAAGAAGCUUCAGACGACAAGAUCGCCGCCUGGAAGGCGAAGUUGAAGGCACCCAAGUGA